AUGGGAGAGAGUGUAAGCAUCGAGGCAUAUAGGGUAGACUGUAUAUCUCAAAUUAGGAAUGAACAUGUAGAGUUGAGAAAGAUGGAUUAUUCACAUGUAAAGGGUCUGUGGUUUUCAGAUGUUUGCAAGGAUAAGGAAGUUUUAGAUAUUGAAGUUUUGAUUGGAGCAGAUUAUCAUUGGUGGUUUCAGGAAGACAAUGUUGUUCGGGGACAGGUAGAUGAACCAGUUGCUGUGUCUACUAAGUUAGGUUGGGUGUUGUCCGGCCCCAUGAGAGCAAGAAAUGAUUUGGAUAACAUGCACACUCAAGUAAACUUCAUUGCACAUGAAAGUUCAGAAAAUUUAUGUUUAGAUAAGAAUGUCAACCGUUUGUGGGAUUUUGAAACUUUAGGAAUAGCAGAAGAAGAUGAAGUUCAUGAAUCGUUAAGACAUUCUAUUGGGUUUAAUGAUAACAGAUACAGUGUCAAAUUGCCUUGGAAAGAAGGACAUAUUUUAGACUAUACAAAUUACAACAUAGGUUUGAGAAGAUUCAAGGGUCAGUUAGUACGGCUGAAAAGGGAACCAGAAAUUUUAGAAGAGUAUGAUAAGACAAUCAAAGAUCAAUCGAGGAAGGGUAUUAUAGAACCAGUGAUAGAACUAGAGAAAGCUGAUAAAAUACAUUAUUUACCACAUCAUGCGGUUAUUUGCAGGGAAGCGAAAACAACUAAGGUAAGAGUUGUUUAUGAUGCGUUGUGUAAAUAG